AUGAGUGCGCCUCCACGUGAUUGGAAAGCUGAAGCAGCAGAGAAACGGAGACAGCGUGAACGUGAAACUGAUGUGGAGCGUCGGUGGCAAGAAGUGAUGGAUAAAGAUGGUGAAGGUGCUCCCGAGUGGUUGAAAGAGGCAGCGCUGAAAAAGAAAGCUCAACAGGAUAAAGAAGUUGGUGUUGCACCAUGGCUUAAGGAAGUGCGGAGAACAAACAAGGAUUUAGCACGUAAAAUAUCGGAUGUAUAUCAAGCUGAACGAGAGGCCAACGAGGCCCCUGCCCCUGCUCCACCACCGGUUACGCCAAAAGUGAUUGAAAAUGGAGCGAACUAG